GUGACGGCUCCAAUAUGGCGGCGCCGUGUCCCUGGAGCUGCGGCCGCUGCUGAGGGAGCCGCGUCUCUUCCGGAUCAUGGGCCGUAGCCUGUGAGCGCGGCGUCGCCCGUUCCGCGGGGGGCGGCGGCCAUGCAGCCCCCGGCGCGGGAGCAGGACACGCGCACCAAGAGCAUGUUCGUGUCCCGGGCGCUGGAGAAGAUCCUGGCCGAGAAGGAGGCGAAGCGGCCGCCGCACGGGCAGCUGCGGAGAGCCUGCCAGGUGGCGCUGGAUGAAAUAAAAGCAGAGCUAGAAAAGCCAAGACAAGGCACUGCUGCCCCACCAAAAGCAAACUUCAUUGAAGCAGAUAAAUAUUUUCUUCCAUUUGAGCUGGCCUGUCAGUCAAAGUCCCCACGUAUUGUCAGUACCUCACUGGACUGCUUACAGAAACUCAUUGCUUAUGGGCAUAUCACUGGCAAUGCUCCAGAUAGUGGAGCUCCUGGAAAACGCCUCAUUGACCGGAUAGUGGAAACCAUUUGCAAUUGCUUUCAGGGACCUCAAACAGAUGAGGGAGUUCAAUUGCAAAUAAUAAAGGCUCUGCUUACUGCUGUAACUUCUCCAUAUAUAGAAAUUCAUGAAGGAACAAUCCUUCAGACUGUUAGAACCUGUUACAACAUCUAUCUGGCCAGUAAAAAUCUCAUUAAUCAGACUACUGCCAAGGCUACCCUUACUCAGAUGUUGAACGUUAUUUUCACACGGAUGGAAAAUCAGGCUAUACAAGAAGCCAGAGAAUUAGAAAAAACAAAUCAACAAAAAUCCCAAUCUCCUGUGAUUCAAACUGUAGCAGAGUCUCCAAAGAUUAGUAGACUAAAGCACAACCAACAGGAAAUGAUGCCUUCAACCCCUGCAAAAGGAGAUUUAACUAAUGGGGAGCCUGAGAGUACAGAAAAUGGAGACCAGAAGCCAGAGAAACAUCAGACUUCUUCAGUUUCUGAAGAAACAACUGAAGGGGGACAGGAAAUGAUUAAAGACAUCUUGGAGGAUGUGGUCACAUCAGCUGUUAAAGUGUCUGAGGAGAAGCACGUAUCUGAAACAGUCAGGGCCUCAUCAGAAUCAGAAGCUGUGGAUCUUGCCCAUUCUGGUUGUAGCAAUGAAAAUGUACAAACAAAUGGAAUUCCAGAUGACAGACAAUCUGUUUCCUCUACAGAUAACUUGGAAACAGAUGUACCUGGACCUCAAGCAGCUGCCAAAUUCUCCCAUAUCCUGCAAAAAGAUGCCUUCCUUGUGUUCCGGUCACUGUGCAAGCUUUCAAUGAAACCCCUUGGUGAUGGACCACCAGAUCCCAAGUCCCAUGAGUUGCGUUCUAAAAUUGUGUCCCUUCAGCUGCUUCUCUCAGUAUUACAGAAUGCUGGUCCAGUUUUCAGGACACAUGAAAUGUUCAUCAAUGCAAUCAAGCAGUACCUCUGUGUAGCAUUAUCGAAAAAUGGAGUCUCUUCUGUACCUGAUGUAUUUGAGCUGUCUCUUGCCAUUUUUCUCACCCUGCUUUCAAACUUUAAAACCCAUUUAAAAAUGCAAAUUGAGGUUUUUUUCAAAGAGAUCUUUCUGAAUAUAUUGGAGACCUCCUCGAGUUCUUUUGAGCACAAAUGGAUGGUGAUUCAAACCUUGACUAGAAUUUGUGCAGAUGCCCAGUGUGUGGUGGAUAUUUAUGUUAACUAUGACUGUGAUUUAAAUGCUGCUAAUAUUUUUGAGCGCCUUGUAAACGACUUGUCUAAAAUUGCUCAGGGACGGAGUGGACAAGAGUUGGGAAUGACACCUCUGCAGGAACUAAGUCUGCGGAAGAAAGGUCUGGAAUGUUUGGUUUCAAUCUUAAAGUGCAUGGUAGAAUGGAGCAAAGACCUUUAUGUGAAUCCCAACCAUCAAGCCAGUCUUGGUUCAGAUAAACCUUCAGAGCAGGAAAUGGGUGAAGGAAAAUGUCUGGAAAGUGGAGGCAGAAGGAGCAGUGUAAGUUCCUUAGAGUCAACAGUGUCAUCGGGCAUUGGAAGUGUUGGCACCCAGACUUCUGUCCCAGAUGAUCCUGAGCAAUUUGAAGUCAUCAAGCAACAGAAGGAGAUAAUUGAACAUGGGAUAGAAUUAUUUAAUAAAAAGCCAAAGAGAGGAAUACAAUACCUGCAGGAACAGGGAAUGCUUGGCACUACAACAGAGGAAAUUGCACAAUUUCUCCAUCAAGAAGAACGCCUGUGUUUUACUCAAGUGGGUGAAUUUCUAGGGGAGAAUAACAAGUUUAACAAGGAGGUGAUGUACGCCUAUGUAGACCAGCUUGAUUUCUGUGGGAAAGACUUUGUCUCUGCUCUACGGAUAUUUCUGGAAGGUUUCCGAUUGCCAGGUGAAGCCCAGAAGAUUGAUAGACUAAUGGAGAAGUUUGCAGCUAGAUACAUUGAAUGCAACCAACGGCAAACCUUGUUUGCUAGUGCUGACACCGCCUAUGUUUUAGCAUAUUCUAUUAUAAUGCUGACAACGGACUUGCACAGUCCUCAGGUAAAGAAUAAAAUGACAAAAGAGCAAUAUAUUAAAAUGAAUCGCGGAAUCAAUGAUAGUAAAGACCUGCCAGAGGAAUAUCUGUCCACCAUUUAUGAGGAAAUAGAGGGAAAGAAAAUUGCAAUGAAAGAUACAAAGGAGUAUGCAGUUUCUACCAAGAGUAAGCCAAAUGUAGCCAAUGAGAAGCAGCGACGGUUAUUGUACAACCUGGAGAUGGAGCAAAUGGCUAAAACAGCUAAAGCCCUCAUGGAGGCAGUAAGCCACGCCAAGUCUCCUUUUACAAGUGCCACUCACCUGGAGCAUGUCCGGCCCAUGUUCAAACUUGUGUGGACUCCAUUAUUGGCAGCUUAUAGCGUUGGUCUUCAGAACUGCGAUGACACAGAAGUUGCAUCUCUCUGUUUGGAAGGAAUACGAUGUGCAAUCAGAAUAGCCUGCAUUUUUGGCAUGCAGCUUGAACGAGAUGCUUAUGUACAGGCCCUUGCUCGCUUUUCACUGUUGACUGCCAGUUCCAGCAUUACAGAAAUGAAACAGAAAAACAUAGACACCAUUAAAACACUUAUUACAGUGGCUCAUACAGAUGGCAACUACCUUGGGAAUUCCUGGCAUGAGAUCUUGAAAUGCAUCAGCCAGUUGGAACUAGCACAACUUAUAGGAACUGGGGUUAAAACACGAUACUUAUCUGGCUCUGGGCGUGAAAGAGAAGGCAGCAUUAAAAGCUAUACAUCUGGAAGUGAAGAAUUCAUGAGCCUGGGACUAGGUAACCUUGUUGGUGGUGGAGUUGAUAAAAGGCAAAUGGCCAGCAUUCAAGAAUCUGUAGGAGAGACUAGCUCACAAAGUGUGGUGGUGGCAGUGGACAGAAUAUUUACAGGAUCAACCAGGCUGGAUGGCAAUGCAAUAGUUGACUUUGUCCGAUGGUUGUGUGCUGUUUCCAUGGAUGAGCUGGCUUCCCCCCACCACCCACGCAUGUUCAGUCUACAAAAGAUAGUGGAGAUUUCAUAUUACAACAUGAAUCGCAUUAGGCUGCAGUGGUCAAGGAUAUGGCAAGUGAUCGGAGAUCAUUUCAAUAAGGUUGGCUGCAACCCUAAUGAAGAUGUGGCCAUCUUUGCAGUUGACUCAUUAAGGCAGCUGUCAAUGAAGUUCCUUGAGAAGGGAGAGUUGGCCAACUUCCGUUUCCAGAAGGACUUUUUGAGGCCUUUUGAGCAUAUUAUGAAGAAAAACAGAUCUCCAACUAUUCGUGACAUGGUAAUACGCUGCAUUGCUCAGAUGGUCAACUCGCAGGCUGGGAACAUUCGCUCAGGCUGGAAGAAUAUCUUUGCAGUAUUUCACCAAGCGGCUUCAGACCAUGAUGGGAAUAUCGUGGAGUUGGCUUUUCAAACUACAGCACACAUAGUUACAAAUAUUUUCCAGCAACAUUUUCCAGCAGCAAUAGAUUCAUUUCAGGAUGCGGUAAAAUGUUUAUCUGAAUUUGCCUGUAAUGUAGCAUUUCCUGACACUAGCAUGGAAGCCAUCAGACUUAUUCGUUAUUGUGCUAAAUAUGUUUCAGAAAGACCACAGGUAUUAAGAGAAUACACAAGUGAUGACAUGAAUGUUGCUCCUGGAGACAGGGUCUGGGUCAGAGGAUGGUUCCCUAUCUUAUUUGAACUAUCUUGCAUCAUUAAUAGAUGUAAAUUAGAUGUUCGGACAAGAGGUCUGACUGUGAUGUUUGAAAUAAUGAAGAGCUACGGGCAUACCUUUGAAAAACACUGGUGGCAAGAUCUCUUCCGAAUUGUAUUUAGGAUUUUUGACAAUAUGAAACUCCCUGAACAACAAACUGAGAAAUCUGAAUGGAUGACAACUACAUGUAACCAUGCACUUUACGCAAUCUGUGAUGUAUUUACACAGUUCUAUGAAGCUUUAAAUGAGAUCCUUCUUCCUGAUAUAUUUGCACAGUUACACUGGUGUGUAAAACAAGAUAAUGAACAGCUGGCUCGAUCAGGUACCAAUUGUCUAGAAAACUUGGUAAUACUAAAUGGAGAAAAAUUCAGUCCUGAAGUUUGGGACCAAACAUGCAAUUGUAUGCUGGAAAUCUUCAAAACCACCAUUCCUCAUGUCCUGCUUACGUGGAGACCAGCAGGAAUGGAUGAUGAUGUUUCUGAAAAGCAUUUGGAUGUUGACUUAGAUCGCCAGUCUCUGAGCAGCGUGGACAAAAAUGCUUCAGAAAGGGGACAGAGUCAGUUUUCAAAUCCAACAGAUGAGAGCUGGAAAGGUGGUCCUUAUGCAAACCAGAAACUAUUUGCCAACCUCCUUAUUAAGUGUGUGGUGCAGCUGGAACUGAUACAGACCAUUGAUAGUAUAGUAUUUUAUCCAGCAACUAGCAAGAAGGAAGAUGCUGAGCACAUGGCUGCAGCUCAGAGAGAUGCCCUGGAUGCAGAUAUCCACAUUGACACAGAAGACCAAGGAAUGUAUAAGUACAUGUCUUCACAUCACCUCUUUAAAUUAUUGGAUUGUUUGCAAGAGUCUCAUUCAUUUUCCAAAGCCUUUAAUUCCAAUUAUGAACAGCGAACUGUCUUAUGGAGAGCAGGGUUCAAGGGUAAGUCAAAACCCAAUCUUUUAAAACAAGAGACCAGCAGCUUGGCUUGUUGCUUGAGAAUCCUCUUCCGAAUGUAUGUUGACGAAAACCGUAGAGACUCCUGGGAUGCGAUACAACACCGACUUCUAAAUGUGUGCAGUGAAGCAUUAGCCUAUUUUAUCACGGUGAAUUCAGAAAGCCACAGAGAGGCCUGGACCAAUCUCCUAUUGUUGCUGUUAACAAAAACACUAAAAAUCAGUGAUGAAAAGUUUAAAGCGCAUGCUUCAACGUAUUACCCAUACCUAUGUGAAAUCAUGCAGUUUGACCUGAUUCCUGAGCUCCGAGUUGUGCUACGGAAGUUCUUCCUGCGAAUAGGUGUAGUGUUCAAAAUCUGGAUGCCGGAGGAGCAGUUACGGACAACUGGGACCCCCUUACCUUCAUGGUAGCCUCAAGUAAAACUGGUCACUGCUGCUUACUCGCAAUGCUUCAGCUAUGGUACGUUCAAGGAAUGGAUUCAAAAGGAGAAAAAUGAUUGGUACCUCUCGGCAAGCCAAACUGAUCAGGAAGCCAUUUUAUUUUCUCUCUCUCUUUCCCUUUCUCUCUUUUUUUUAAACAGAUUUGUUUUGCCCACCCUGACAAAAAUGGCUAUCAGCAGUGUUCAUUUUCUUUCAUAUUGUUGCUUACAGUUAAUACAGUAGGUGUAUAAAGUCUGUUUGUUUCAAUGUUAGUCAUGCUUAUGAUCAAGUCUGUCUUUUUGAAUCUGUUAUUUCAAUUGUUCAGUCUUACACUUCCUAGCUAAUUUCAGUAAAUCUGCUGCAGACAGUUUCUUAGUGGAAAUUACUCCCCCUGGAAAUAUUGAAUAUAGUUGUAUAGGCUUGUGAUGUUAGCACGUGUUCAUAAUAAAAUAUAUAUUGCAGUGGCUAAUGACCACCGAAGAUCAUGCUGGACUUUUUUUUUUUUCCUGUGUGUACACAUGACUAGAACAGUUAGUGUUUUGUUGUCUGGCUGUAGAUGAUACCAGUUUGGAGAAAAUUUCCCCCCCACUCCUUUCCUCCCCCCCCUCCCCCCCCUCCAAUUAACAAGUUAUUUUUACAAUCAGUUUUGAAGCAGUGGUUCACCUUCCUACAAUUUGGUUUUUAUGGAAGGUUUGUUUUGCAUCAAGAAUACACAGUAAUACGUAUUUUAAUUCAGCUCGUGAACGUUUCGUAUUUGAAAGCACUGAGUUGGAAAGCACUUUAAACUUUCCAUUGACAUUUAUACAUUGUCUGAUCAUGGAAAGCGCACCUAAAAUAAGGUUACAUUCAAGAAUAGGAUUAUUUGAGGUUUGGGGUUUUUUUUCUUUAAAAUAAAAGUGCACACUGAACAAAUGAAAUGAAAAUGGUAUUGGUUUGUCAACCUUUUCCCUUCUGAAUAUAUAAUAUAUAUAUAUAUAUAUAUAUAUAUAGAUAUGUAUACAUUUAGUAGUACGGAUGUCUAUUUAGCCAGAAGUAAUCUAUCUUUAAUACAUAUCAGGAUAUGUCUAUUUUUACUGCAGAUCUGAGUAUUGGUUGUUUUUUUAAUGCCUCAUCUUCCAGGUUCUGUCAGUGUAUUUGUGGAAGAAAAGUAAAUUCUAGUUUCCACCAGGACUGCUGUAGUUUAAAUUUUAAAACAAGCAAAGUAUUAAGCACACAUGUACUGCAGUAUAGUUUCCAAUAUACUUUCUGUUUGGAAGCCACAAAAAAGAAGCCUGUGAUUAAACUUUGAAGUUUCAUUAGCCCUAGUGAUUUACAUUUUUGUAAGGCCAGAUUCUAGUGUUCUAGAUUUGUUAGCAAUUCCUGUGAUGCAGUAUCAGUUUUAGUUGAAGUACAACAGAAUCAAACCUUGUCCACAGUAUUAUCUCUAAUAAACAGUUUAGAGAUUCGACAGAAAUGGCUAGAUUGAAAGAUAGUAAAGGAUAUGUAUGGUGGUGAAGAGUCUGAUCCAUCUUUCCAAUAUGUUAUUAAUGAUGUCAGUUCAGUUUUUCUAGUGUAAUUAAUUUUCCCACAUUCACAUUUAAGGGAGUUCAUUUUUUGUGGGAUUUUUCAAACGGUGCUCUUCAGUUAAUUGAUUUUGUUGUGUUUAUACCGCAUGGGCUUUAUUAUGGCCAGAAGUACUCUAAGGUUUUCAUGUACCUUAUUUUCUUCUUUUAAAAAUUAUUUUUUCUACCAAAGAAAGUCAAUUGCAGAGUUGUUUUUUUUAUUACCUUUUUAAGUAUACAGUAGAUAAGAUAGAUAGAUAUAUAUAUACACACUACCUAUGUAGAAAGGAUCAUAUGGCUAUAGUUUACUCGGAAUACAGAUGAGUAAUUGCAUAUUAAUUGCUGCAUUUGAAAUUAUUAUACAUCCUUUUACACUGUACUGUAAAUUGUAUAGUCACUUAUUCCCUGGUACUGCGUCAUUUCAUCAACUCCAGUAAACGUCAGUUAUUUAUUCUUUCAUUUUGGAACUGUAACGGUGAAUUGAAAAUAUACUUUUUUUUCCUGCCCUAAACUUUAAAUAGAACGGUACAUUUUUCCUAUGUUUGAAUGUUUUAGCAUUUUAUUAAUGAAAUGUACAAUCCUAUCUCCUGUCAGAACAUAACUUUUUUAAGUUGCUCCUUCUGUUAGGCAGCAUAAGAGCAUUGCAAUUGUCUUCUGAUUUGUUCAGAUUUUACAGAUUUUUUUUUUUUUUUAACAACUGUUGCAUUCUAGGCUUUCUUUCAUUACAAAAUUGCGUUGAAGCACUUUUUUUGUUGUUUGCAUACAGGGUUUAUCCAGAUACUAAAACUGAGGAUCUUUCUUGAUGUUGGAGCAUCUUUAAGGCAGCCUUAAGUAUUCCUUUACUUAUUUAGGAAAGAGUUUUUUAUCAGUCUGUCAGCAAUUAAGAAAUUAAUCAUAUGACAUCAGAAUUAUAGAUUUAUGCUGUAUUGCAUGGAGAGCAGAAACAGUGUAACAGUCUUAUUCCUGCCUCCAAGACUUCUGAUGGUUGAUUGUAUAUACUAGAUCAAUAGAGAAUGGUGCAUCAGUAACUACACUGUUCAAAACACUUUUUUUACCAGCUGUUUGCUUCUCUGUACCUUUGGAAAGGCCAUAACCCAUGGGCAUCAUUAUAACAAAGCUGAGAAUGCUCUGUCAAAACUCCAAAAGUAAUCACUACUACACUGGCUUGGAUCUUGUGCCAGGUUCUGCUAGCAACGACUCCCACUGCUUGUGGUAAAGCUUCUCUUUGGCUUUAAUACGACUAUGUUUGAGAUUGGGGGUCCAUGUUAGCAUAUCCAGAAAAAGAUCUGGCACUUGUAUGCAGUAUAUGAACUCUAUUCAGGCAUUGCAUUUUAAAUGUGUACAAGCUAAUUAAGAUGUUAUGCAACAAAUUAUAGGUAAAUAUAAGUUCAUAACAGUAUAAAUGUGGAGGAUCUGCAUGUUCUUAUGAUUUUGUUUCUCCUUAAUGGGACUCUUUCAAGUGGGUGGGCAUGGGAAAAAUCUUUUUCAUUUGGUAAUUGGGAUAACCCUGAAAAAACCCUCUUCUUGUUUCUUUCACUUGUUCUGGUGCAAGAGCAUGUUAUGUUUUGACCCUUGGCUUUUUCUCAUUUCAAUUUCACUAAUUCUAUUUCUAUAAUAUCUAAAAUAUAGGCAGAAUAAGAGUCUGGAAUAGCUCCUAGGUAAAAUGUCUGUAAUUGUGUAAGCAAGCCAAAUGAUUUAAAAGAAUGGAAAAAGGAGGUAAAUUGUAUCCUUGGCCUGAAGUACAAGUGUGUUUUGGUUUUUUUUGUUGGUUUUUUUUUCCUUUUGUCAAAGGCACAGCUACCUUAACAUCUAUGAUCUCUUACAUUUUUUCUGCCACUUUAAGGAAAAUGUACUUUCUGUGCAAAAUGUAUGUCUUACCUAUUUAAAAUGCCUAAAUUAGUUGCUAGUUACUUUCAUAAAGAUCUCCUUAUUAAGUGCAUUUUAAUAUCAGUAAUUUAAUGAACAGCAUUCCUUGCCCAAUGGAUGUAUACAUUUUUUGAGAGAAUAGCAGAAUUAUUAUAUAAUAUGAAAAGCUAUGUAAAGUUUUCUACAUAAAAUUAUGUAUAAUACUGUUAUAAUAUUCCAUGCUUUAAUCGGGUGGUAAAUCAAUAAAAUUUUAAAGCUGAA